UAUGGUCAAAAUACACUCCGGAGCUUUCAUUCCCAAGGAAACAAGCAAAAGGAAGUGACGUUUGACAGCGUCAGCCUUUUCCGCUCUCUUUUCAUUGAGGCUCAGCUAGCGGCCGGCCUGCAAACAUGCAGAUCUUCGUGAAGACGUUGACGGGGAAGACCAUCACCCUUGAGGUUGAGCCCAGCGACACUAUCGAAAAUGUCAAGGCAAAGAUUCAGGAUAAGGAAGGAAUUCCCCCUGACCAGCAGCGUCUGAUCUUCGCUGGCAAACAGCUUGAGGAUGGACGCACACUGUCUGACUACAACAUCCAGAAAGAAUCCACUCUGCAUCUGGUUCUGCGUCUGCGUGGUGGCAUCAUCGAGCCUUCUCUCAGACAGCUGGCCCAGAAAUACAACUGCGACAAGAUGAUCUGCCGCAAGUGCUAUGCCCGCCUGCACCCCCGUGCUGUCAACUGCCGUAAGAAGAAGUGUGGACACACCAACAAUCUUCGCCCCAAGAAGAAGCUGAAGUAGACAUUUCGCAAGAAUUGGCUCUCUAUGCCAUUUUGUGUUAAAAUAAAUGUGAGAAAAUGAUGA